AUAACCUUUAACUAACCUAACUAUAUGUUUAUUAUGUUAAUGUCUACAUAGUUGAUAAAUGUUAUCAAAUAAUAAUAAUAAUUGACUAUUCAUUUAUCAUUGAGCGAAUGCGACGUGUGUGUAUACAUACAUAUCGUUGGGUGCUGCCGUGAUAAUUUGUUUAUAGGACCUAUUGUGAAUCAAUCAAAAUGUCUCUAUCGAAGCCUAUUAUGAAAUUAUUGUCAUCUUAUUUCCAGAAUCUAUAUUUACAUCCCAUUAGAACAAAAUCUAUAACAAGCUGCGUGGUGGGUGUAACAGGCAGUGUAGCAUCACAGUUACUGGAUGGCGGCCGAAUUAGGCUAGAUCCCGUUUUGGCUUUUGGACUUUAUGGAUUAUUAUUUGGUGGAUCUAUUCCUCAUUUCUUUUAUGGAGCACUGGAGGGACUGUUUCCGGAAGAUGUAGUCGCAUUCCCAAUAGCAAAGCAACUGUUAUUCGAAAGAUUACUGUUUGCUCCCUUCAUGCAAGCGUUCUCCCUGUACACGUUAGCCAGAUUUGAAGGCAAAAACCAUGCAGCGGCAUUGAAACAAUUGCAAGUUUUAUAUUGGCCUAUUUUACAAGCAAAUUGGAGAUGGUUAACUAUAUUCCAAGUAAUCAAUUUGGCCUUUGUGCCUUCGAUGUUACGGGUACUCUUCAUGAAUUUAGUUGGACUGGGUUGGUGCAUAUUUUUAGCAACAAAAAGACGUCAGCAAUCUCAGAAAAAAGAAUAAGCAUGAUCAGAAUUGGUCAUUUACAACAGGGUGGUGGAUGUGAAUAAUUUCAAUUACUAUCAUAGGGACUGGAAACCUUGUCAUAAUCACUUGCUUACGAUACAGCGGUAUCUUUCCAUCCACUGUAUCAUAUACUAUCUCGUUAUCGAAUUGUUAAUUUGAUAUAAUUAAUCGAAAGCAUUUGAUAGAAAAAAAAGUCCAUAAACGUCCAAAAGUAGGCCUUUUAGAAGAUGCUCAAACAACGAAAUCACAUCACUGAUUUUGUAUAAAAAAUAAGUAUAAAUAAGUAGGUACUGGGAUUCUUACUUUAAAUAAAUGCAUAGUUGUCAUGCAAAUUUUAGAAUAAAACAUUCCUCAACUAUGUUAAUCGCUUACUAUUUCUGCAUUUGUAGAAGAUAAAUAUAUUUUUGUAAGACUAAUAUAGGUGUAAAUAAGAAUGAUGCAAUUCUUUUUAUAUUAAUUUAUUUGACAACAGCAAUUGAAUCCAUUAAAUCGUUAGAUAUUUUGUCUAAUAUAUUCUGUGUAAUCGUCUAAGUAUAUGCUGUUAUUAUCAAAUCGAAUCAAUUCUUUCGUUUAGCGGUGCAAGAUAUUUGUUAUAUUUACAAAGUUUUAGGGAAAUCAAUCUCCAAAAUACUGGUUGACAAUAACCGAAUAAAAUUAUAAAUUAAUAAGUCGGAAUUGUUCCACGUGGGUGUAUGUAGCAUAGAUAUAUCGCAUGAUUUUUUUACAAGUUAUAAAAAAUAUGGGUAUGAGGAUCGAGAUGAUUUCCCUUUAAACUGUAUAAAUAUAUAUAUAUGUAUAAAUGUUGAUACAUUUACAAUUUAUACAUUACGAUAAUUUUAUAAUAAAUAUUGUUGUCGUUACAA